GGCCUGGUAUGCUUGAGAAGGCCGCAUACUCGUAUCCUGCUGUUGUCGUCCCAUUGUCGUCGACGUGAAAGAGAGAACAACGCUUUACUUGCUUGUCCUUUUGCGCCAAUUCGUCAUAUUCGCAACUUGCACCUUGCAGACCCUUUCACCUUCGCCAACCCUUGACGUUCUGACGAGGACACUCUACAGAUACAGUCCCCUGAGCAACGUGGAGCUGGUACCAAGAGACCCAUAGAGAGGUCGAAUACAUAUCGACCUGACGCAGCCCGAGUCCGGACGGGGGUUCAUGCCUACUAUCAUCCCAAUCACAUACCAUUCGACCAUCUAGCAUCUAGCAGGCAUCAGCGUCUGCUAACAUGGCGACCCGGCAGAGCAAGCGGACCAUCAAACCCUCGGUGAGGCUUCAGCCUCUCGACGAGGUACCUGUAGCCGGAUCUUCAACCAGCACUCCGAAAGGAAAGGCUAAUGGCCAGGGCAAGGGAAAGGCUAUAAAGCAGACGCCUAGUCGCGGUCGAGCAAGAGGAAAGAAAGCAGACGAGAAUGGGGAUGUGGACAUGGACAAUCAAGAAGAAGUAGAAGGAGAGGAGGAGGAGGAAGAGGACGAUCCGAAUAGGUUGUACUGUACCUGUCGUCAACCGGAAAAGGGGCAGAUGAUCGAAUGUGACGCUUGUAAAGAUUGGUUUCAUUAUCCAUGCAUCAGGAUGAGCGGAGCUCAAGCUAGCGAUAUAGAUACGUACAUCUGCAAGGAAUGUCAUGCGAAAUCGAACGGGGAACUCAAGACCAUACGGCGGUCUGAUAUCACCCUCCUCGCUUCCCCCGCUCGAUCACCUCCGCCAGUAUCUCCUACGGCAACUCCCUCGGCACAGACAAAGAAAGGUCGGGGCCGCGGGGCGACAGGACGAGGGAAAGGGGGGAGGAAAAAUGUCACGAAUUCGUCGAUAAAUGCUGAGGAGCAUGUGCAAGUGGAGGGGGAAGGAGGAGAGACGAAGAUGGACCUUCUUGAUCCCGCCCUUCAGCUGAAUCUGGACGAGCAAGAGGAACAGGAGGAGAAGCGCUGGAAGUCGGAUCCCGAGUCGGACGACAAGGAAAGCGAUAGUGAGAGCGAAGGUAGCGUGUACGGGGGUGAGAAUACAGGUCGAGCGAAUGGCGAUGAUGACGACGAAACGGGAGCAAGGGGUAAGGGAAGGGGCAAGAAGCGAAAGAUGAGUGUACAGGAUGACGAGGAUGAUAGUGCAAGUGAAGGCGAGAUCUCGGCUACUGAAUCAACAGGGAAACAAGCCAAGCGGGCCCGAGGCCGUUCAACGGCUCAGCUCAAACGAAGACGAUCCACCUCGACACCCCUCAACGCGCCUACUUCCAAACAGAAGACCUCUCGAAGAAAAGGCCCUGGGGCCGGUACCAAUGCCGUUCCGACUUCGUCAGGAGCGGGUCAGGGUGAAAAGCCGGGUCCAGGAGGUUUGGGCAAGAUCAGGACUUUCGUCCUGGACAAGCUCAAGGCUGGAUUCAAGUCGGUCUUUGUAGGGUAUCGGAAGCGACAGCUGAGGGAGGAAGCCGAAGCGGCUCGAAAGGCCGAAAAGGGGGACGACGCGGAAGCCUCAACGGAAAAGGGUCAAGGGAUGGACGUCGACAAGGAUGAGGACGAUGGGGUCAAGGAGGAGGAGGUCAAGGCGGACGACGUACCUCGGGAGGAAGAGAUCGAGGUCGAGCUUCCGGAAGAAGAGAGGGAAGAGCUCCAACGGCGGGCUGAGGCGUAUGCUGUGGAAGUGGAGGAGGCGGUAUACGAGAAGAAGAAGGAGCGCGCAGAAAAGGGCGGAUUUGAAGUCAAGGGCAAUUAUAGAUCGCUAUCCACGCUCAUCUUCGGUGCACUGGAAAAGGAUCUCCGGCCAGAUCUCGAAGAAGGUUUUUCAACGGGUCGAAUAGCACCCGCAUCUGUGGCCAACAUGACCUCGCGAGACUUGGCCACUGCCGCAACCUUGGAGGAGAUCAAGAAACUGGAAGCCCAGAGUUUCAAGGCCACCGUACGGUACGAGGACGAAUACGUACCAGUCAGGUACACAAAAAAGGCCUUGGAGGAUGCGGACGCUCUUCAAGCUAUUACGGAGGGAAUUGCUGGAAACGCUCGUAGGGAACGGGGCGAAGACAUCGCCGAACCUGAAAAGACAUCUGAGGAAGAGCGUCGGCGGAAGGAGGAGGAGGAGGAGAAAAUACCGGGUGCGAUACAAGAAGAGGACGAGCGAGAUGAGAAAGGCCGCGAACAAGAUGGACAAGACACUGUUGAACCUUCAGAAUCAACUCUCACCACAGCCGCACCACUUCCCGAAGCCCCUCGGCCCACACCACAGCUUGUUCAGACACAGCAGCGACAAUCGUCUUUCUCUCUUCAUUCGGUCCUGGGCCAUGUUCCUACUGCACCCAUUGAGACCCCACCUCUGGAAGAUGAAGGCGACGAUGAAGGUUUGGGAGGCUUUAAUGACGGGUUUGUGGAUGAGAAUAUGGGCAGUGAUCACGGCUCGGAUAUCGAUUACUCUGGGCGACAACAGAAGAAGUCGGAGAAAAUCGUGUCACCAGUCGAACCGGCCACCAAGACAAUUCUCGCCGACAUCCCCGUGGUAUGGUCUGGAACACUUGAGAAUCCGGCUUCCAAGGAAGAUGGUUAUCCUCGAGUCGAGGCUCGUCAAGUGGGAGGUCUCGAUGUCGGAGUAGAACCGCGUACCUGGUCACAGCUAUUAUUCGACAAUCCCAUGGUAUUUACAGGCCGGGUGGCUGAGGAAGAGUCGUCGAGAUACCUUGCGACUACCCAGUUGUCAAGCAACAAAGACCUCGUGGUUGUCGCUAUGACUCCAUCGGAUACGCGCGAGGACAAGGAAUCGUUCGCGAAACUGGUCGCCUUUCUGAUAUCGAGAAAGCGACACGCCGUGCACAUUCCCGAAGGCUCAAAGGGACUCGCUGGACGUCCCAAGGAGGUGUACAUGGUUCCGUUGUCUUCAACCCAACAACGCGACAACAGCUUUAUUGAUCUUCUGGAUCGCUACAUACUACCAAAGCAUGUCGAUACGGAUAUGUUCCUUGGGGUGAUUAUCGUGCCCAAAAGAUUUCCCCCUCUCGUCCAAUCUCCUCCCCAGAUCACACCUCCUCCCAAACAGAAUGUCCCUGCCCCGGUUGUGCCUUCAAUGGCACAAAAGACUGUGCCAGCUCCCGCUCAGAUCGUACCUGGUAUGCAACAACAAAAUAUCGCGAACAACGUGGCCAGUCUCCUGGAUUCGCUGCGGAGUCCAGCGAUGCUCCAGAUACUCUCCAAUAGCAACAAGAAACCUGCACCCAUCGAGCCACCUACGCCGUCACCGACGACAUUGGUUACAAACCCCAUGUCCGGCUCGAUGCCGCCCCCGAACUUCCAGGCCAUGCCAUCAUCUCUGCCGCCCUUCGCUGGCACGCUCCAUGCGUCACAACCACGACCAUUCCCGCCUCAUGGAUCACCCCAUAUUCCACACAACUCGCCUGGGGCCUUCAUUCCCCCGACACCGCCGAUCGCAGCACCUAUCGGAGCCAGACCUUCCCCACCGGUCCAUCCUUCCAGACUCGCUCAUAUUCCUGGUAGCAGUCCUCCAGGCAUCAAUCAGCAUCCUACCCCUCCGCCUGCUCAUAUGCAAUCAUACAUGAUGCCUCUCCAAGGCGGACCUGGCCCGGGGAUGAACAGUGGCUACGAUCGAGGAUAUAAUCAAGGACGUCCAAGUCCCGGGCGUGGACAGAACAGAGGACGGGGUCAAGGGCGCAGAUAUUGAGGAGUUUCGCAUUUGUAUCGAUCUAGACCACCC